AUGGAGAAGAUUGACGAUACUGGUAUUAUGGGCGAUGCGUCGCUUGGGAACGACUCUGCGACGGAGGGCGAGAUUGAGGCUGCGAGACCGAAGGAGCAGGGUGAGACUGAUGAGUUGGAUUGGGAUAAUAGUCCUCAUAAUCCGUUUAAUUGGCCGGCAUGGAAGAAAGCUCUUCAAGUCGUGAUGCUAUCCUCAGCAGGGUUCCUAGCAUCAAUCGGAACAUCGAUAAUGAGCCCAGCUCGCAAUGAGCUCAUGAUCGAGUUCAACGUCAGCAGCACAGUUGCCCUUCUACCUCUAACGCUCUACGUCCUUGCCCUCGGCUUUGGGCCUGUGAUCGGCGGUCCGUUAUCAGAAACCAUAGGUCGUUACCCUAUCUACGCAGCGAGUGUUCCUCUCGGUGCACUGUUCACUAUGGGUGCGGGCUUCGUGCAUAAUAUCGGAGGACUGGGAUUCCUGAGAUUCAUGGCUGGUUUAUGCUGGGCGCCUGUGUUGGCUGUUGCGCCGGGGACGUUGUCCGAGACAUUCACGCCCAAGAACAGAGGACCUGUCUCCGCGAUUUUUAUCCUCAUGCCGUUUUUGGGCCCAGGAUUAGGGCCGGUUAUAGGCUCUUUUGUAGUGAAUCGAAAGGGAUGGCGAUGGACACAAUGGACGCUGGUCUUCUUUUCGAUACUGGCUAUGAUCAUCACUGCCUUCUCGCACGAGACGUUUCAUCCUGUUAUCAAGCGACGGCUUAUGAAGAAGAAGGGAAUGAAGGUUGAUCCUCCGCCACCGAUGGCUGCUCGACUCAAGAUGUUUGCCCUCGUGGCAGUUGUUCGACCUAUUCGCAUGCUUCUCCUCGAACCUAUCACCGGAUUUAUCUGUCUAUACGUGGCAGCGGAGUUUGGAACACUCUUCAGUUUCUUCGCCGCUGUACCGUAUACGUUUGGAAGAGUCUACCAGUUCUCUAUCGAAGAGUCAGGUCUCGUCUUCCUGUCCAUCGUCAUCGGCUGCUUUCUCGGACUCAUCACCGUUAUCCUCUGUGAUGUGUUCCUGUACAGAAAACAAGCGCCCAAGUACCCUCCUCACCAAAUUCCACCUGAGCAUCGUCUUUACCCUUCCAUGAUUGGAAGUAUCGGAUUGCCAAUUGGAUUGUUCUGGUUUGCUUGGACAGCACGACCUGGAGUAUCUUGGGCAAGUCCCGCAGCGUCGAUGAUCAUCUUUGCUUGGGGAAACCUUUGCGUUCUGGCGCGGUAUGGUUUUGCAGGAGUAUUUCCCCUGUUCACGAUUCAGAUGUAUGAGAAGUUGGGUAUUGACUGGGCUAGUAGCCUGCUGGCCUUCGUGGCAUUGGCCCUGCUGCCAGUUCCGUGGGUGUUAUUCAAGUAUGGCUCAAAGAUCAGGGCUAAGAGCGCCUAUGAGACAGUCAAGUUCAAUUAA